AUGCAAUCCGAAUUGAUGACUUUGAAAGCAUUUCCCCACAAGAAGUAUACUUCCAUAUAUAAUAAGAAGCCACUAAAACCCCUGUUAUCUUCUCGGCCAUUGUUGGUUUUAAUUCCAGGGAACCCAGGUUUGGUUGAUUUUUAUUUCACUUAUUUGGAUUUAAUUCAAAAAAGACAUCCCAGUCUUGAACUAUUGUGUAUCUCUCAUGCAGGGUUUAAAUCUGAUGAUAUUUCUACAAGCGAUGACUCUACUUUCAGCUUCUACAAUUUAGAUUUCCAAAUAAAACAUAAACUUGACAUUCUUAAACAUUUUAUUUUGAGUGAAAAUAGGCCUGCAGAAUUGUAUUUUCUAUCACAUUCGGUAGGAUCUUAUGUUACCCAAAGAGUUGUUCAUGGCUUGAUUAAUGAUAAUGAACUACAGAACAAAAUGCAUAUAAAGUUUAUUGGGCUAAUUUGUCCAACAAUCAUAGAUAUUGGUAGAUCUAAUUCAGGCCAAGCUAUCUCGAAAAUGUUUGCUUAUCUACCAGUAAUCCAAAUUGCGGUAUACUUUUCUACUCUCAUGAAUUUUAUUCUUCCUGAACAAUUCAUCAAAUACUUGGUGAAAAAUACAGUAAUUGAAAAAGGCACAUCUACAAAUGAAGAAACAAAAGAAUCAAUAGAGAAUUCAACUAUGGGUGCAUUGAAAAUUUUCAAAUCUACGAAUAUUAUCAAGCAGGCUUUAAAUUUGGCGAAGGAUGAAAUGAAAACAAUUCUCAAAGAUGAUGAGUUUAAUGACUGGUUCUUCGAGAGUUUAUCUUCAAAGCAUGAUGUUCGAAUUUGGACUUAUUUUGCCCAUAAUGACCACUGGGUUCAUGAUACCACAAAGGACUACAUUUUAGCUAGAUACCAUAGCAAUCACAAUAGAAACUUAUCAUUUCAAAUAGGAGAUCUUGAAGAUUCUAUAACGCAUAGUUUUUGUGUCAAUGAAAGUAUAGAAUUUUCAGAGAUAACAAGCGAAAAACUAAGUGAAUUUUUCCCAUAA